AUGUCAGACUUGAAAACUACCUCCGAGGGGGUUGAGGAGAUCUCCCGUCUCGACCUCGCAUCUUUCGCUCCAGCAGAAGCAAUAAUUACUGAUGUGAAGCAUCUGGCGUCUUAUAACUGGAUCGAAGCAUCCACACCCACCAUUGCUGUUCCAGGAUGUCCAGCUCAGUGGUCCGCUCCACCAGGGCCCCGUCAAGUAAACAAAGAUAGUGGGCUCGUUUAUAUUGCUCAGAAUGCCGCUCGUCAUCCGGAUAGCCCUCUGGAACCGUUAUUUCGCUCCCUUUACCUUGAGAAUCCCUCAUUCGACAUAAAAUCAAUCGAUGUCGUGACCGACAGGAACAACAUUCGUAAACUUCUGUCGUUUGUCAAGCCGACUCUGAACAAAAAUGAUCUCGAAUCAUUUACCAUCCAGGUGGAUAUGACCGCCGAGACAGCAAUCUUCUCCCGUAAAGAUACCGCCACCUCUGAAUUUAUUGGGUCAGACGAAUUUCGGGGCUUUGGGCACGAAUUCGAAAAAGCAUAUACGAUUAACCAGGUCAAAGAAAGCACUGGGCACCAUCGCAUAAUUUCAUACCGACUAGGUGGUCUGAGUUUCCUCGUGCGCCAUGAGACAGACGGAUAUGUUCGAGAUUCGAAAUCCAGUGUAAUGGAUGCCGAAUUAACAGGGGACAAUCUUGCUGACAUCCUAAAUUCAUUAUCCCUCACGCCGGAAACAACCUCUAUAGACGAGCCCUCCAGCAAAUCCAAGUUGACCAUUAAGAGGGAAGGGCGAACAGUAUCACGGGAGUCGACUCUAGAGAUCAAAACUCGAGUUUUCCACAAAUCUCUGAAGCUAACAGAGGUUGCAGCUCAGCUCUGGAUUUCUCAAACGCCCAAACUUGUCCGGGCUUAUCAUCGACGUGGAAUAUUCCCGACGCCUAAAGUGGAAGAUGUCACUGCUGCGUUGAAGGUUUGGGAAAAAGUCCACCAGGAUGCUAUCACGAAACUCGUUGCAUUAAUCAAAUGCAUACUACGAGUUACCAGAAAGUGGGGAGGGAGUUCAACUAUUCGCUAUGAUCCUCUGAAAGACAAAGUUGUGGUCAAAAAGGUCGAGAGAAAAAAGAUACUCCCAGAGGAUCUUUAUUCUCGGUGGGAAAGCCACAUUCCCGCCGACGUCACACAGAACACCUCUGCCACUUAUCCAGGAUAA